AUUUAGCUUAAUUUGUUUAUAUCUUAUAGAGUGAUUGGAAUAAGGUACGUAUCAUAAUAUGGUAAAGAGAAUCCAGGUUGGGGUGAUGAUGUUGCUAACAUGGGCUGCCAUAGCAGCAGCAGAAACAGACUGCUCCACAGUGGAAGGGCUGCUCUCGGCUUGUUCUAAUUUCAUAACCUAUGGUUCACCGGAUCCCCUUCCAGAUUCACCAUGCUGUGAGGCCAUGACCAGCCUCAACACCAUUGCAGACUCUGGAGACAACAGACCAUCUGUUUGCAGAUGCUUCACCGGUCUCAUUACUGUCUAUAAUCCUAAUGCUACAGCAAUCGCCACUUUGCCUGGCUUUUGUGGUAUCAGUUUGGGCUUUGUCAUUGAUCCUAAUACAGAUUGCACUUACUCUCGAUGACUUUUCUUGGACGAAUGAACAGAAAAUAAGAGACUGAUCAAAAAGUCUGUCUUCAGAUACCUUUUGUUACAAGAAAAUAAAUGAGAGUGAUUAUUCCUGACAUGUAAAAUUUAACUAUUCUAUUUACCUUAAUAUGAUGUUUUGUUUAUCUUGUAAUGAUGAGUUUUUAUCAGAAUUGGCCGAAAAGGAAUGAUGACAAGGUUUCAAAUGGCAAAUGCUAAAAUGUCUGUUUCUCAAGAUUUGAAAUCACAAUCCAUUUCCUAUUAAUUUAA